AAUAAUUUUGGCGGUUUUCCCAGACGUUAUCUGCAAUGGCGUCCAUACACUCUGCAACUCCUCUCAUCGCACUCCAUCAAAACUUAAGCUACCGACGCGCACUCGGAUUUCAUCUACAGGAAUCUGCAGCGGCGUUCGAUUCAUGCGGAACGACACGCAGAAACGAAUUAGAUGAAUUGAUUCCAAUUCAGCAACUUGUUUGACGGUUUGCCUCGCGAUCGAUUUCGAUUUGGAUUCCGAUGCGCGAUCGAUUUAAUUGAUGCUGGACUACAGACUCACUCAGAAUGCCGUGGUUGAGGAAUUUCAUCCAGCUCUCCGCCGCCGUCCUCUCCAAGAGACAGCGACCGGCGACGUCGACGUUGGGAGCUCCUCCGGGGCCCACUGUUCAAUUGCUGAAGCAUUUCAGUGCGGAGGUCGGUGCGGAGAAGCCUCCAGGCUUGGGGCCGACGAAGAGGACGGAGAAGCCUAGAGUGGUGGUGCUGGGGUCGGGCUGGGCUGGGUGCAGGCUGAUAAAGGACAUCGAUACGACAAUUUAUGAUGUCGUUUGCGUUUCGCCGAGAAAUCACAUGGUCUUCACUCCGCUGCUGGCUUCUACUUGCGUCGGUACGUUGGAGUUCCGGUCAGUUGCUGAGCCGAUCGGGAGGAUCCAACCGGCGAUUUCUCGUGAACCUGGUUCGUAUUUCUUCCUGGCUAAUUGUACUGGAAUUGAUUUCAGGAAUCACCAGAUUAGCUGCCAAACUGUCACUGAAGGAGCUAAUGCCAUAGAUCCAUGGAACUUCAAGCUCGCGUACGACAAGUUAGUCAUUGCUUCCGGAGCGCAGGCUUCGACGUUUGGGAUUAAAGGCGCAAAUGAAUACGCAACAUUCCUUCGCGAAGUUCAUCAUGCGCAGGCCAUCAGGAGGAAAUUGCUUCUGAAUCUGAUGCUGUCAGAUGUGCCAGGAGUAAGCGAUGAAGAGAAGCGUAGGCUCUUACACUGCGUCGUUGUUGGGGGUGGUCCUACCGGAGUAGAGUUCAGCGGCGAGCUUAGUGACUUCAUACAGAAGGAUGUUCAUCAAAGAUAUGCACAUGUGAAAGAUUACAUUCAAGUUACACUAGUUGAGGCGAAUGAGAUACUAUCAUCAUUCGACGAUCGCCUCAGAAAAUACGCGAUCAAGCAACUGACCAAGUCAGGAGUCCAUCUUGUUCGUGGACUUGUGAGGGAUGUUGAGGCGGACAAGAUAAUUCUCAACGACGACACCAGCAUCCCAUACGGUGUUCUUGUGUGGUCUACCGGUGUCGGUCCGUCGCCAUUUGUGACUUCUCUGGAUAUCCCCAAAUCCCCUGGAGGAAGGAUAGGAAUCGACGAAUGGCUUCGGAUCCCAUCAGAGGAGGACGCAUUCGCCAUAGGCGACUGCAGCGGGUUUCUUGAGAGCGUAGGGAAGCCGGUUCUCCCAGCCUUGGCACAGGUAGCGGAGAGACAGGGGAAGUACCUGGCAGGGUUGCUGAACCGUGUAGGGAAGAGUGGAGGAGGGCAUGCGGAAGGGGCAAAGGAGAUGGAUUUGGGAGAUGGAUUUGUGUACAAGCAUCAAGGCAGCAUGGCCACAAUUGGGAGGUACAAGGCACUGGUGGACCUAAGGCAGAGCAAGGAAGGAAGAGGAGUGUCGAUGGCAGGGUUUGUGAGCUUCUUUGUGUGGAGGUCGGCAUAUCUGACGAGGGUGAUCAGCUGGAGGAACAGGUUUUAUGUACUUACCAACUGGUUGACCACUCUAAUCUUCGGGAGGGACAUUAGUCGUAUUUAAUUUAAUUUCAUUUACUCACUCAUGCUUUGCAUGCUAAUUAUUAUAAUUAUUAUUAUUAUCUUAUAUAACAUGUGAAUGUGAAUCUAUUGUUGUUACUCUUGGAAUUAAUAUGCAUGUAAACUCUCUAAUUGAACCGAGUUGCAUAUAAACAUAGUCCUAAUUCACAA